AUGGAUCACUUGAGAAACUGCAAGAAAUUUAGACAUGGUAGGAGGAUAAAACAACUUGAAAAGUUUGAGCAAAAGAUGAAGGAAGAGCGACAAAAGAGAAUUCGGGAGAGGCAAAAGGAGUUCUUUGGUGAAAUAGAGGUUCACAAGGAAAGGCUGGAUGAUGUGUUUAAAAUUAAAAGAGAGCGGUGGAAGGUUUUCAAUAAAUAUGCAAAGGAGUUCCACAAAAGGAAGGAACGCAUCCAUCGUGAGAAGAUUGAUCGGAUUCAACGUGAAAAGAUAAAUUUAUUGAAGAUCAAUGAUGUGGAGGGAUAUCUGCGAAUGGUGCAGGAUGCCAAAUCUGACCGUGUUAAGCAACUUCUCAAAGAGACGGAAAAAUAUCUUCAAAAGCUCGGAUCCAAGCUACGAGAUGCAAAGGCCGUGGCAAGUCAGUUUGAGCAUGAUAUGGAUGAAAGUGGAAGUGGAGGUGCAAUUGGGAAGAGUGAGCCUAGUUUUGAAAAUGAAGAUGAAAGUGACCAGGCAAAGCAUUACAUGGAAAGCAAUGAGAAGUACUAUUUGAUGGCUCAUAGUAUAAAAGAGAAUAUCGCUGAGCAGCCAUCUAUUCUUAAUGGUGGAAAAUUGAGAGAGUAUCAAAUGAAUGGCUUAAGGUGGUUGGUGUCUCUAUACAACAAUCAUUUGAAUGGUAUCCUUGCUGAUGAAAUGGGUUUGGGUUAUUUCUUAAUUUGUUACCUGAUGGAAACAAAAAAUGAUCGAGGACCUUUCCUAGUGGUUGUGCCAUCUUCAGUGUUACCCGGAUGGGAAUCAGAAAUUAACUUUUGGGCCCCUAGUAUUCUUGGGAUCGUCUAUGCUGGCCCCCCUGAGGAGAGACGUAGGCUAUUCAAGGAAAGAAUAGUUCAACGGAAAUUUAAUGUCCUCCUUACUACAUACGAGUAUCUGAUGAAUAAGCAUGACAGACCUAAACUAAGCAAAAUACACUGGCAUUAUAUAAUAAUCGAUGAAGGCCAUCGGAUAAAGAUGCUUCCUGCAAAAGAUUUUUCUCAAUGGUUCAACAAACCAUUUGAAAGUAGUGGUGAUAGCACAGCUGACCAAGCCUUACUCUCUGAGGAGGAGAAUCUAUUGAUCAUUAACCGUCUUCACCAAGUUCUUCGACCAUUUGUCCUUCGGAGGCUGAAGCAUAAGGUUGAAAAUCAACUACCCGAAAAGAUUGAGAGACUGGUAAGAUGUGAGGCUUCUGCUUAUCAGAAGCUUUUGAUGAAGAGGGUAGAAGAUAAUUUGGGUACAAUUGGAAAUUCCAAGGCCCGGUCAGUGCACAACUCUGUUAUGGAGCUUCGAAAUAUAUGUAAUCAUCCAUAUCUCAGCCAGCUUCAUGCAGAGGAGGUUGAUACCUAUAUACCAAAGCAUUAUCUGCCACCAAUUAUAAGGCUUUGUGGGAAGCUUGAGAUGUUAGAUCGAUUACUUCCCAAGCUAAAAGCAACAGAUCAUAGGGUUCUUUUCUUUUCCACAAUGACUAGGCUACUUGAUGUUAUGGAGGAAUAUCUCAACGGUAAACAAUAUCGGUACCUCAGAUUGGAUGGACAUACAUCAGGGGGUGAUCGUGGUACCCUUAUUGACAGCUUCAAUAAACCGGAUUCUCCCUUUUUUAUAUUUCUUCUGAGCAUUCGGGCUGGUGGUGUUGGAGUAAAUCUUCAAGCUGCAGAUACAGUGAUAAUAUUUGACACUGACUGGAAUCCACAGGUUGAUUUGCAAGCUCAAGCAAGGGCUCACAGAAUUGGCCAGAAGAGGGAUGUGCUUGUUCUUCGAUUUGAAACAGUUCAAACUGUUGAGGAACAAGUCAGAGCUGCAGCUGAGCACAAACUGGGAGUUGCGAAUCAGAGCAUUACUGCUGGUUUCUUUGACAACAAUACAAGUGCUGAAGAUCGAAGAGAAUAUUUGGAGUCCCUUUUGCGUGAGUGUAAGAAAGAAGAAGCUGCACCUGUAUUAGAUGAUGAUGCUUUAAAUGAUCUCUUAGCUCGCAGUGAGCCAGAAAUUGAUGUAUUUGAAACUAUUGACAAAAGAAGACGAGAAGAAGAGAUGGCAACAUGGAGGAAAUUAGCAUGUGUUCAAGGCAUGGAUAGUUCUGAAACUCUGCCUCCUUUGCCUUCUCGCCUCGUUACAGACGAUGACUUGAAGGAGUUCUGUGAAGUAAUGAAGGUAUAUGAGGUGCCAAAGACUGGUGAAGUGUCUAAUGUUGGGAUAAAGCGGAAGGGUGGGGCUCUUGGGGGCCUCGAUACUCAACGUUAUGGCAGGGGAAAACGGGCAAGAGAGGUGCGUUCAUAUGAAGAACAAUGGACAGAAGAGGAAUUUGAAAAGUUGUGUCAGGCUGACUCACCUGAUUCCCCCACAAAAUCAAAGGAAGAAUUUAUGGAGUCAAACUUGCCAAAAGAUGAGAGUGGGUCUGUGGUGGCUGUUUGUAAAACAGAACUUCCUGCUCCACUUCCACCACACUUACCAUUACCCUCUGUGGAGCUGCCCCAGAUACAGCAAAGUAAAGAGGUUACACCACCAGCUAAACGAGGCCGUGGAAGGCCAAAAAGAGCAACACUGGAUCAAUCACCAACUGCGAUGGCUCUUACAGCACCUUCUGGAACUGUCAAAGUGGAUACUGGGAUACAGAGAGGAAUGGUGUCGAGCCCUGUAACAAAUUCAGGCCCUGAUUCAUCACCUAGUUCUGUUAAUGUACAGGGUAUUGGUGGAAUUGUACAACCUAAUAGUAUCGUGGCCUCACCUAGCUCUCAGCCAACUGCUCCUAAACCUUCUGUUACUCCUGGUUCUCAAACUACCAUUGUUAGCCCGUCUGCAUCAACACAAGCAUCAACACAAGUAAGAGGACAAGGUCGGAAAAGUCAAAGUGGAUUAGAAGCACCCAGGCGUAGGGGAAAGAAACAGGUGCCACAAUCACCUGGUGUUUCUGGUGGAUUAGCUGGUUCUGAUCCAAAACAAAAUGAAGUAUCACAGAACACAUCUGUGAACCCAUUAGAAAAUCAAGCCAUUGUCAUGAGCGAAACUGUUUCUUGUACUUCUGCAGUCCAACAUCCUGAUUCUUUACCUGGUUCUGUUCCUUUACAAGGUGCCAAUGGGACUGAUCAUCAAGUUGGUGGUGCGAUGGCUUUGACUUCUCAGCCAACCCUUCCGUCCCCAUCUGUUGCUCCUUCCUCUCAAUCUUCUCCUUUCCCUUCUGUACCUGUGCAAACAAAAGGGCAAAACCGGAAGGCUCAAAGUGGUGCAGGAACACAGCGGCGUAGGGGAAAGAAACAGGCGCCAGUAUCACCUGCUGUUCCUGAUGUGUUAGAUGCUCAGGAUAUAAAACUAAAUCUGCAACCACAGGAUAAACCUGGAGAUUUAUCUGUGAGCAAAGACAGUGCUGUGAGAAGUAAGCAAGAGGCUGAUGGUUUACCUGGUCAGAAUCUGAACUCAACUGAAGAAUCAGUAAAUUUAGCUGAAGCCAAGCAGACAACAAGCUCAUCAAUGACACACGAGACUGCCCUCAGAACCCUGGGCCCUGCGACAGGGGAAAGCCUAAAUGUUAUUGCAAGCAAUGCUACUGUGACAAAAGAGGCUUUGGCUGAAAGUUGCUCAUCCAAACCUAAGAAUGACAAGGUUUCAGGGAAUGAAGGUGCUGCCAUACCAGCUGAGGUGAAUAAGAGCCAGAGUUUGGAGGAUAAAGCUUGUCCAGCUAUUGCAACUUCCAUAACUGCGGCUCCAGCUCAUACUCCUUUAACUGAUUCCUUUCCCAGUUCCACUGCUGUGGAAAACACCAGUGAGACAAAAUAUGACGUUGCUAAGAUUGCUCCUGGCUCUCAGUCAACGCCUUCGUACCAUUCUGUUCCUCUGGCAUCUCAAUCUAUCACUCCUUGCCCUUCCGAAUCAGUAGAAGUCAAACGACAAGGUCGAAAGACUUCAAACAGAGCAGAAGCACCCCGUCGUAGGGGAAGGAAGCAAGCUCCGGUGUUACCUGCCGUUUCUGAUGGUCCAGCCGGUCAGGAUCCAAAAUUAAAUUCUCAAUUACAGAAUGCAUCUGCUGUUACAAUGGGAAGUAAGUCUGUUGCUCCGAGAAGUAAGCAAGGUACUGAUGGACAGGAACUGACAAAUGCUAUUCAGGCCCAAACAAGCCAAGUGCAUUUGGCUAGCAGUUUAGUGGGUCAUGAUCCAAAAAGAAAAGAGCAGUCAGGCUAUUCUGCCCACAAUAGGCAACCUACAAACUCAUCAUCGGCACUUGACAGUGCUCCUGGAUCUUCUGAUAAGAGUUCUGCUUUGGGCCGUAUCCAGACUGCUGAUGUAAAUGAUGUUGCUCGUGUGAUGAAGGAGGUCUUUUCUGGAACCUGUUUGUCAAAAGCUAAAAUUCCUGAAACUUUCGGGAGAGAAGGUAGGGUUGCCCCCUGUGUACCUUUAUCAAGUAAGAUUCCUGUGGACACAGCCAAAAGCCAAUGUUCGGAGGAUAAAUCAUGUCCUACUCUGCCAACUUUGGAAACAGCAGCUCAUCCACUUGACCUUACUGGGACUGAUGCAAAAGGGGAGAGGGACAUGACACCUGCUUUGAAUGAAACCCAUGUUACCGUCACUAAUAUGGACCAACCUCAAAGCAAGACGACUGUGGGCUCCAUCAAAGAAUUGAAAGGUUCAAAACAACUUUCUGUUGAUGGCACGGCUAGGGUGAGUAAGACUGUUUUUCAAACACUGUCUCCAGAUGUUGAUGUGACUGCUUCUAGUACAGGGGCCUGUGGGAGUGAGGUAAGUUCAUCUUUGGUAUUUUCAAGUAGUGUUGAGCAUCCUCAGGUGAUUGGUGGAAACAAAACUGAAUCUUUGUCAGGAGAGUCUCCUAAAUCCCCUUCUGUUGAUUUAAGUGACAAUAAAUGUCCUACGAUUUCCAUGAAUACUGACAAUGCCAGUCUUCAUCUUGGAUUGACACCUCCUGUUCCUGAGGGCCCAGUUGAGUCAGGUGUGAUGGGCCCUCCUGCUAUGAUUGAUUCUGAAAACAAGAUAGAGCCUUGUGAUAAAGAGCAUCCUACAUCUCCUCCUUGUAUUGCGGCCAGCCUUGACUGCCCUCCCCUAAUUCCCAAAGAUUCUGAUGAUGUUAGCAAUCAUUCUAAAGACACUUCACCCAUUUCUGCAAGUCCAGAUCGUUCAGCUGUCGCACCUGAUAUUACUGAAAUGACUGAAACAAAUGCCGUAGACGAAACAGAGCCUUCUUCAAAAGAGUCUCGAGAAUCUUCCCCCCAUGAAAAUGUAUCCACAACAUUUGAAAACGUUUGUGGCCCUCCCCUAAUUCCCAAAGAUUCUGAUGAUGUUAGCAAUCAUUCUAAAGACACUUCACCCAUUUCUGCAAGUCCAGACCGUUCAGCUGUCACACCUGAUAUUACUGAAAUGACUGAAACAAAUGCCGUAGACAAAACAGAGCCUUCUUCAAAAGAGUCUCGAGAAUCUUCCCCUCAUGAUAAUGUAUCCACAACAUUUGAAAACGUUUGUCCAGGAGAGAGUGCACCCAUGUCUGUUGGUUUAGAGGAUUCGGAGCUUCCUGGCAUGGCUGAGAAUGACUCUGGAGAAAUGGUUGAGUCUGCUUCAAAAGGUUGUCCAAAAUCUUCUCCUGUUGAUAUAAGCCAUGAAAUUUCCACAACUAUUACCACAAUCCCAAAUAUUGUGUUUGGUGGGGGUUGUAUUGACAAGGUUGAUGUGCCUUUUACAGAAUCUGAAGCUGCUAAUUGUUCUGGUGAAGGUAAUUUUUCGAAUCCUGAAAUUUCCUCGAAGGCUGAUGAUUUCGAAGUCACUCUUGGGUCAGCUGAUGUUGCCUCGGGGCAUAAUACUAUGCAUGAUAUUCCUACUGAAAAGGGCAUCUUGGAACUUCGAACUGAUGUGAUUGAGGAUGGUAGUAUUGAUGUGUGCAAUAUGGAAGUUGUCCCCUCUGAGGGUGAUCAAAUGAAUGUUUCUCAUGUUGGUUGUUAUCCAUCUGAAAAAGUAUCAGACACGAGUUUACCUGCAUCUUCAUUGUUAACGGUGGGAGAAAUCGAUGACUCAUCUGAUAGAGGUCAAGUUGACAGCUGUGUAGCACAGGAGAACCCAAAAAGUUCUGGUGCAGCAUUGGUUGUUUCUCAGGAUGAUGGUUUCGUUUCAGGAGAUAGAUCAGAAAUCUUAGAGUCAUCUUCUUUGGUGGAAGAGGAACCAGUAGGGGGCGCAUCUGUGAAGUGCCAAAAUUCCAGUUCGUCAUCUUCAGAGGAAAGGAAAGAUUCUGUUACUGAAAAGGAUGUUAUUUUGUCAGAGGAACUUAUACCAAAAAACUUGGAUGUUCCUUUACCUUUAAUUACACAGGAAGAAAAUAUUGAGGGUUCAUCUGAGGAGAGGCCAAGUUGCAGCUCGUUACUACUGGAAGAUUCAAAAGGUCCUGGAGCUUUAACAGUUGUUCAAAUUGAUUUAUCUCAGGUUUGUGAAACUUUGCAAGAGAAUGUUGUAUCAGAAGGUAUGGAUCCACCUUCAUCUUCCUUAGUGACUGGAGAAGGGACGACUGAGGAAAUAUCUAAGAAGAAUCAAGUUUGCAGAUCUGUACCUGUGGAGGAACCAGAAGUUUCUGGAGCUGAAAGAGAUGCUCAAAUUGAUUCGUCUCAGGUUGAUGGCAUUUUACCGCAAAUGGUUGUGACAGACAACUUAGGUUCUCCUCUAUCUUCUUUAGUGACAGAGGAAGGAAAGAUUGGGGACUCAUUGGAAAAGUGUCUACUUGGCAGUCCAGUACAAAUGAAAGAAGACAAGAUUGAUGGAAUAUCUAUGAAACGUUUAGGUGGGAAUUCAGACCUACUGGGAGAAUCACAAGGAUCUGAUGCUGAAAUGGAUGUUCAAAUGGAUGUUUCUCAGGCUUGUGGGUUUCUAACAGAAACUGAAAGUGUUAUUGUGCCUUCAUCUUCUGCAGCAGUUAAGGAAGGAAAGAUUGAGUGCUCAUCUGAGAGGGGUCCAGUUAACAGAUCAAUAGUUCUGGGGGAAACAUCUGAAGAUUUAGUUACUGAUAAUAUGGUUGUUUCUCGGGUUGGUGUGUUUGUGCCCAAAAAUAUGUUAGAAGCUGCAGUUCAACCUUUAUCUACUUUGGCAAAAGAGCAGCAAAAGACUGAGUGCUCUUCUGAGAAGGAUCAAGAUGGCCGCUCAGUACAACUGGAUGAACCAAAUGGAAAGGAAGAUGAAAUGGAUCAUCAAAUGGAAACGCCCAGAUAUUCUGGGGAUUUGCCCGACUGUAUUGUAUCAGAAAGUGUGGAUUCGGAAGAGAAGAUUCAGGGCUUAUCCGAGAGGGAUCCUGUAAGCAGCUUAGCACCACAGGUGGAAUCAAAGGUUUCUGAACCUGAGAUGGGUGAUCAUUUGGAUGCAUCUAAGGUUGGCGUUAUGUUGCUGGAAGAAGCUAUUUCAGAAAACGUUGACCUGCCUGCAUCUUCCAUAGAGACUGAAGGAAAAGAGGUAGUAUGUCCAUCUGAGGGAAAAGUUGGCUGCUCAGUGAUGGAGGAGGGUUCAAAAACACCUGUAGCUGAAAUCGUUCCUCAAGUGAAUGCUUCUGAUGUUUGUGAGAGUGUGCAAGAAAUUGAAUCAGAAAACAUGGAUCUGCCUCUGGUUACCUCAACCAUAGUGGGUGAUAAUGUUGAAGGCUCAUCUGAUGCAGUGCCUAUAGGCAGCUCCAAAUCACCAGAGGGGUUGGAGUCUGAAGCUAAAAUUGUUGAUGGUUUUCAGGUUUGUGGGACAUUGCAAGGAAAUGUUUCUGAAAACUUGGAUCAGCUUCCAGUUACCUUGGCCAUAGGGGACGAUAAUGUGGAAGGCUUAUCUGAGGCAGGGCCUAUAGACAACUCCAAUUCACUAGAAGAGUCAAAAUCUGAAGCUAAAAUUGUUGAUGCUUCUCUGGUUUGUGGGACAUUGCCAGGAAAUGUGUCUGAAAACUUGGAUCAGCUUCCAGUUACUUUGGCCAUAGAGGGGAAUAGUGUUGAAGGCUUAUCUGACGCACGGCCUAUAGACAGCUCCAAAUCACUAGAAGAGUCAAAAUCUGAAGCUAAAAUUGUUGAUGCUUCUGAGGUUUGUGGGACGUUGCCAGUAGAUGUGUCUGAAAACUUGGAUCAGCUUCCAGUUACCUUGGCCAUAAGGGGUGAUAGUGUUGAAGGCUUAUCUGAGGCAGGGCCUAUGGACAGCUCCAAAUCACUAGAAGAGUCAAAAUGUGAAGCUAAAGUUGGUGAUGCAUCUCAGGUUUCUGGGACAAUGCAAGAAAAUGUGUCUGAAAACCUGGAUCAGUCUGAAGCUCCCUUGACCAUGGGGGGUGAUAGUGUCGAAGCAUUACCUGAGGCUGGGCCUGCGGGCAGCUCCAAAUCACCAGAGAAGUCAAAAUGUGAAGCUAAAGUUGGUGAUGCUUCCCAGGUUUGUGGGUCAAUUCCAGAAACUGCAUUUAGAAACCCAGAUCCGGCUCUAGUUACCUUGGCCAAGGGGGGUGGUCGCGUUGAAGGUUUAUCUGAGGCAGGGCCUGCAGGCAGCUCCAAAUUACCAGAGUUAGAAUCUGAAACUAAAGUUGUUGAUGAUUCUCAGGUUUGUGCACCAAUGCCAGAAACUGUGCCCGAAGCUAAAGUUGGUGGUGACAUUGAAGGUUUAUCUGAGGCAGGGCCUGCAGGCAGCUCCAAAUUACCAGAGUUAGAAUCUGAAACUAAAGUUGUUGAUGAUUCUCAGGUUUGUGCACCAAUGCCAGAAACUGUGCCCGAAGCUAAAGUUGGUGGUGACAUUGAAGCUAAAGUUGGUGGUGACAUUGAAGGUUUAUCUGAGGCAGGGCCUGCAGGCAGUUCCAAAUCACCAGAAGAGUUAGAAUCUGAAGAUAAAGUUGGUGAUGCUUCUCGGGGUUGUGUGGCAACACCAGAAAAUAUUUCUGAAAGCGUGGAUCAGUCUCCAGUUAUCUUGGCCAUGGGGGGUGAUAGUAUUGAAGCCUUAUCUGAGGCUGGGCCUGUAGGCAGCUCCAAGUCACUGGAGGAGUCAGAAACUGAAGCUAAAGCUGGUGGCGCUUCUCAGGUUUGUGGGGCAAUGCCAGAAAAUGAGUCGGAAAACAUGGAUUUUGAGCCAUCUUCAACAGCACAGGAAGGUGAAACUGUGGAGUCAUCAUCUUAG